GAGAGAGAGAGAGAGAGAGAGAGAGAGAGAGAGAGAGAGAGAGAGAGGGGAACGGGGGAAGAGACCCUGGCCCAAAAUCUACACCCAACUACAUCCACAAUGCACCCAUCUACACCCACGUACACAAGAGACCCACUGUGUUUUCACAUAUUUGCAGUGUCAUAUAAAAAGAACAUAGUUACUCUUUUCUUUGUUACAGUGUUAGAAUAGAUUAUUAAUAUGAGCGGCCAAUACAAUUAAAAUAAUAAAGCAUGUACCCUCUAAUGUACGGUGACAAAAUGGCUCCUUUUAGAACACCAUCAGGUGAGUGUAGAAUCAGUCACACAUUCUGUUGAAUACAAUGCUCUACAUUGUGAUAUCAACCUAUCAAUUAUCUUAUUUUAUUUCAAUGUUCUUAUUGCCCCCAUGUGUUUUUCAAAUAACACUCGUUAAUAAGAAAUGUUCAACAUUUGCUGCAAAACUUGACAAAAAAGAUGUGCAGUACAUUAUAUCGUCAGUGUUAAUGUACUAUUUUAAUUAUACACUUAAACUAGAACACAAUGCUAAACCUGGAAUUUAAAACCAUCAAACUAUAUAAAUGAAGAGUAACCGAGUAAAAAGUACAUUAUUCUACCCUGUCAUUUUAGCCCCGGUCCCCCUGCUAACACACAUCGCGCUGGCUGUGGGAGAGGGCCGCCGGGUCUCCGCCCCAUAUAAAGAUGACGGCUCGGUUUGAAGCGGAAUCUUGUGUGCGGUUCACGGCGCCGCGUCCGGCAUGGCCUCGGUAGACGUGAAGAAAGUUCUCCAGCUGAAGCAGCAGCUUAAAGAAAGCGCUGAAGGGCACACGCUCCUGAAAAUCCUGAAGAAGCUCCAAGAAUUGGACAUAACCCUUGAUAUUCUUGCUGAGACUGGAAUUGGAAAAGUGGUAAACUCCUUUCGCAAACAUGACUAUGCAGGAGAAGUGGCCAAAUCAUUAAUUUAUAGAUGGAAAAAACUGGUUCCAAAAGAUCCUGCAAGUGUUAUGCCGCCACCUAUUCCGCCACUGAAGGAGCAGUCUAAGAGUGAACUUCAACAAACUGACCAGGAAGAAAAGGAACAGGCUUCAGCAAGUAUGAGUAGUUCUGAGAGGGAGCCCAAGAAUGAAAUCACUGGCUUUGAUUGGAAACCAUCAAAGAAAGCUAAUGGUCUGAGUAAAUGGCAACCGGCAUUAGAUAAACCAAAAAGUGAAGCAGACAGUGAAAAGAAAGGGGACGACAAGAAAGAUGCUGAUAUCAGGCACUUGUCACAGGCUGCUAAAAAAAAAUCUUUCCAGUCGAAAGAGAAAUCAACCAGCAACUCCCAGGCAGAGCAAAAUGACAAGCAUAAAAAGGUUCAGAAAAAAGUUUCAGACAUAACAAAUAAGCAUAGGCUGAAGUCUUCUGAGAAAAAUAAAAGGAGCUCUUUGAAUAAAUAUGACCUAAUUGAGGUACAAAGAAAAAAGAAGAGGACUGUCUUUAAACAAGAAGACAAUGAGAAAAAGAAAACUAAACCAAAGGCAGCAGAUAUGGAGAUGGACCCAGAGAGUGGCUGCUUCGAAAUGCCCUCCAUGUCUUUUGAGGCAUGCCUAAACUACGACAUUGAGGCUCCCAAAUGGAGGAAGAAGUCAAGCGAUAAUAAGCACCAAAAACGUUUAAGGACUGGUUUUAAAAAGAACGCCACAGUCUCCAGUGUCAAGUCUGGAACCGAAGUUCCAUCUACAAUGGCUUCAAAGGGAUCUGUGUUGGAGUUGCUCAGUGUUCCACUACCACCGAUUUCGACUGAGUGUGAGGAUCUUUCUCAGUAUCAGUAUUUUGUUAAGAGGACAGUUGAGGAGAAGCCCACAGAUAUUUUUGAAGAUACUCCAGUGUUUACUGGUCAGCGGUUGAAUAAGAAGAUGCAGGUGUAUUCUGGAAGCAAGGCUGUGUAUCUUCCCACCAUGAUGAGCUUGUACCAGCAGUGCAUCCGAACGCUGCAGAACAACAUUGAUUCACUGUAUGAAAUUGGAGGAGUGCCGUUUGAAAUUUUGGAGCCGGUGCUGGAGCGCUGCACACCUGAGCAGCUGCUGCGGAUUGAAGAGUGCAAUCCUGUGUACAUAGGUGUGACUGAUCACCUCUGGGAAAGGCACUGCUGCAAGGACUUCCGGAAUGCUCGACUGGAGGAGUACGAGUCCUGGAGGGAGAUGUACCUACGGCUGUUUGAGGAACGUGACCGUAAACUCCAGCAGCUCACCAAAAGCAUUGUUUUGGCUCACUCUGGGAAGCCCAAAGGAAGACAGGUGAAGAUGGCAUUUAUUCAUUCAGCUGCCAAGCCACCUAGAAACGUACGCAUCCAGCAGGAACUCCAUGGUACGGCCAGUGCUGUGCUCCCUUACCCCACAGACAAACCCAGUGGAAAGAGUCAUGAGAGCAGAGCAAAAUCUUGCUUCAGCGAGUCCACCAAGCACUCUCCCACUAGCUCAGGACCCAGCCAAUGCCAAGACCCGCGAAAGAUCCGAAGAGUGGCUCCAAUGAUGGCAAAAUCCUUGAAAGCCUUUAGGAAGCAGCUUGGACGCAGAUAAAUGUGGAAGGUGGCUAAUCAUAUAGAUUAAAUAACCCCCUUACACCCAUGAUAUAUAAUUUAGUUUUUUCUUUAAUCUUUUUCAUAAUUCUUGAGUUUAUAGAUCCAUUUCUGACAAACUAUUCACAACCUGGAAUUGCAAGAAUGCACUUUAAUAUCACAUUAUUGUCUUAUGAUGAGAUGCACUAUAGUUGAAUAAAUUAAAUUCAAGAAAAUCAAAAA